UAGCACAACAGACACCCGAAAUCCUAAAACCCUAGGAUGCUCCUCUCCCCUUCCAGCCUCUAUCACUGCCAUGCUCGCCAUACCAGCAGAAGCACUUCAUCUGUCUCACUCUCUCAACGCCCACUCAGAUUGGCAGUGCUUGGCGCUGGCUUUGCUGGCCUCUCCGUUGCUUGGCACUUGCUACAAGAAAGUCCUAAGGAUUUGAGGCUACGCAUUGACAUAUACGAUGAAGUUGGGAUUGGCGGAGGAGCUUCGGGAGUUUCUGGCGGUCUACUACACCCUUAUUCCCCUAAAGGCAAGCUGCUCUUGUGGGGUGCUGAUUGUUGGAAAGAGUGUUUAAAGCUUUUGAGCAUUGCGGAAGCAGCAGUUGGUCAAAACUCUUAUGGUUUCAUAGUUCGGAGAAGGGGCAUCUUGAGACCAGCAAUGAACAUGAAGAAUCUUCUUAUAUUGAACGAUAAUGCUCAGAAUUGCCUUGCCAGUUGCAGAAUAGAGACGGUUGAUAAGGAAACUGCUCAAAAUCUUGUACCCAAGUUAUGUAUGCCAUUUGAAUCAGCCUUCUAUAUGCCUGAAGCUGUAAAUAUCCAUCCCCAACGGUAUCUCCAGGCACUCUUCUUAGCAUGUGAAAAUUUGGUGAAAGAAUUAACGGCUUCUGGCUUUGGAGAGAAAGAGUUAUGUUUGCAUAAGAAAUCUAUUCACAAACUUCUCGACUUUGAAGGGGAAUAUGAUGCGGUGAUAGUAUGUCUAGGUGCCAAAGCAGAUUUGCUUCCAGAGCUCUCGGGAAAGCUUCCUUUGAGGACUUGCAGGGGUGUUGUUGCUCACAUGUUACUGCCUGCUGAUAUGGGAGAAGGUUAUCCAGACCAUAGCCCCUCAAUACUGUCAGAUGCGUGGCUUGCCUUCCAGGGGCCCCGCAGUUUAUAUAUGGGCUCAACAUGGGAAUGGAAAUCAAGAGACUCCUCACCAAAUGUCUCAGCUUAUGAAUCCUCAAGUGCUCUUGAAGACCUCAUACCAAAGGCCUCUUUGGUUUAUCCAUCUAUAAAGGAUUGGGCUUUCACUGGAGCAAGAGCUGGUCUGAGGGCAAUGCCACCUCUCACGCCGCAUGGAUCACUUCCGCUGUUGGGUUGUGUCAAUGAUGUUCUUGGUGGAAAUCGUACUUGUAAUUACUGGUUAUUUGGAGGACUUGGUUCAAGGGGAUUGUUCUACCAUGGUUGGCUUGGAAAACUGACUGCACAGGCUGUGCUGUCCUCCAAUGAAGAAUUGAUUCCAUAUGAACUAACCUUCUGGAAGAGAAUAAAGCAGUGAUUCAGUGUUAGCACUUAUCUGAAGCAUUCAAAUGGGUAGAGCUCUGCUACUGCCUACUGGAAAUUUGGAUUGCAGUCUUUUGCUCGUCUUGUGCUUUCUCUGUGGGAGGGUAAGAAUAU